AUGGAAACGAAACUACAUUCGAUUUGGUGCGAAUUGUUUGGAGAAGACAAUAUUUCCUACUCAUCAUCAUACGACAGUAUCGGAGUUGAUUCUCUUGUGCGUUUAAAACUACUCUCACUCUACCGAAAACAUUUUGGUAUUAGAAAUAUGAAAGCAGCUGAAUUAUUUCAAUAUACAACAAUUGAAGAACAUGCACGGCUGAUUAAACAGAAACAGACACCUCCUAAUGGUGAAAUCAAAGAUGACAUCAAAUCAUUGCAAGAGCUCACAUAUCAAACAAAUGGAAGCAAACAAAAUUCUGUCAAUUUUGCUCCUACAUCAUAUGUUCAGAAUUCUAUUUGGUUAAAUGAACAACAGCUUCAUUCUUUGGCAAUAUGGAACCUUCCCCUAAUACUGAAAAUCCGCAAAGAGAAAGUCUCAAUUAGCCGACUGCACUCGGCCAUUUUAGCUGUCAUUACUAAACACAAAAUAUUACGCACGUCCUAUAAAAGGUCUGAAACAUGUAUAUUACAAGUCGUUAAACAAGCCCCAAGUUUAGAUGAAGUCCAACGUGAAAACUAUUAUUCGUUUCAAACAAGUGUUAUUGCAAAUCUCAAAAACGAACUUUUAGAAGACAUAUUACAAAACGAAUCGAUUGGUAAUGUAUUGGACUUGGAACGUGGUAUUGUGUUGAGAUGUCACUUAAUAAAAGAUUUUCACAAUGAUAGCAACAAUAGUUCCGAUCACGAAGAUUUGCUGUAUCCAAACGACCUCAUUUUCUUUAAUUUCCAUCAUAUUGCAUUCGAUAGAAUGUCAUUAAAGCCUUUUCUAAGUGAUCUCCAGCUGGCAUAUUCAACUACCGAACUACAUAUCCUAGAUGCCACAAUCGAUUUCCAAUACAUUGAUCAUGCUAUUGAUGAACGAAAAAUGAUAGAAGAUCCGUCACCAGAGUCCGAAAUGAAUCGCGCACGAAUUCACUGGCAAAAAAUAUUCGAAGGUUAUAAUUAUGAAAAAACACUACGGUUACCUUAUGAUUUUAAUAUCGACAGUCGCUCUGGCAGAGGUGACCAUUUGGAUUUUGAAAUCGAUGAAUAUAUUACUACGGCGCUUUCAGAUUUCGCCAGACAGUCAAAUAUUACCAUGUUUGAAUUAUUAAUAACGUGCUUUUAUUUGUUUUUAAGUAAAUUAACAGAUGACAAUGAUGUAUGUAUGGGAAGUAUCGCGGCAAACCGUCAUACAGCUGAGGUACAGAAUUUAAUCGGAAUGUUUGUGAACUUCGUUCCAUAUCGUUUAAGAUUUGAUCCGACCCUCUCUUUCAAAGAUUUAACGUGGCAAGUUCAUCAGACAUGUUCAGAAGUGUCACAAUAUUCCUAUUUACCUUCUCAAGAAAUCAUACC